GUUCUUCAUCCACUCAUUAACCCAAAGCACAUAGUUCGGAAUUUGUAGCUUCAUUUCUAGCGACAAUGGCAUCUGGGAAGUACAUUAUGAAUAUAGGGUUAGUGAUAGUGGUUCUGGUUUUAUGCAGUAAUGGGUUUGGAUUUGCACAACAAGUACCUUGCUACUUUAUUUUUGGUGACUCUUUGGUGGAUAAUGGGAAUAACAACCAGCUCAAUUCAUUGGCCAAAGCCAAUUACCUUCCCUACGGGAUUGACUUCUCUGGUGGUCCAACUGGAAGGUUUUCCAAUGGCAAAACUACUGUUGAUGUUGUCGCUGAGCUUUUGGGGUUCAACGGUUACAUAAGUCCCUUUGCAACAGCAAGGGGUAGAGACAUACUUAGGGGAGUGAAUUAUGCUUCUGCAGCUGCCGGCAUUAGAGAGGAAACUGGACAGCAAUUGGGUGCUCGUAUCAGUUUUAGGGGGCAGGUACAAAAUUACCAAAGAACAGUGACCCAGAUUGUAAAUUUACUGGGAGAUGAGAACACGGCUGCAAAUUACCUUAGCCAGUGCAUCUACUCAGUUGGAUUGGGUAGCAAUGAUUACCUCAACAACUAUUUCAUGCCCUUAGUCUAUUCCAGCAGUAGGCAGUUCACACCCCAGCAGUAUGCUAAUGUUCUUAUUCAGGCAUAUGCUCAACAACUCACGGUUUUGUACAAUAAUGGCGCAAGGAAACUGGCGUUGUUUGGGGUUGGUCAAAUAGGUUGCAGCCCUAAUGCAUUGGCCCAAAACAGCCCAGAUGGUAGAACAUGUGUGGCAAGAAUCAAUUCUGCAAACCAAUUAUUCAACAACGGAUUGAGAUCUCUUGUUGAUCGAUUCAACAACCAGUUUCCUGAUGCGAGAGCCAUCUAUGUAAACGUUUAUGGUAUCUUUCAAGAUAUCCUAAACAACCCAUCUUCCUUUGGAUUCAGAGUUACAAAUGCUGGGUGCUGUGGGGUAGGAAGGAACAAUGGUCAAAUUACAUGUUUGCCCUUUCAACCCCCAUGCAGGAACAGGAAGGAAUACCUGUUUUGGGAUGCAUUUCAUCCAACAGAGUCUGCAAAUGCUAUCAUUGCAAGGAGAGCUUACAAUGCUCAAUCUUCGUCAGAUGCUUACCCUGUUGACAUCAAUCGCUUGGCUCAGAUCUAAUUGGACAUAAGCUGGUUACUGUUAUUUUAAUGUUUGUGUGCCCAUAAAAUCUCUGAUAUUUCUGUCUUUUAUGUUUGUGGUAACAAGUCCAAGUGUAAUUUGCCAUAAAAAUUUUGGUUAAGGUUUGCUUAUUGGUAGUGAGUGCUAAUUAUGAUAUGUAUUUUCAUCCAAAAUUAAUAAAAUUACAAGAAAUUAUUUGCGUGCA